AUGGUGUCAGACGGUGGUGGGUUCGCCGAUUGCUGGACCGGCGGCGAAACAGGCGGCGAGUCAGGCGGCGACUUGGGCGGCGACUCGUCAUCUUCCACAGGCAACCUCGAUUUCGUGAGUCAAUGGCAAGUGGGCUGCCUCAUUUGGUAUUGGGCCCUUUCCUCUUCAAAUAAUGGGCCGCUCAACCUUUACCAAGAUAUGUCGAAAGAACCGAGUUUCACACCUAUUCUGCACAGCGAGUAUGGGGUCGGUAUAUUCUGUUACACAGAGUACUGGGGGACCCCGUACUACUGGGAGCAGAAAAAUGAAAAGAAAUAA